ACACUGAACAUCAAUGUUAACAACAACAAAGCACACACAACGAUGCACUAGAAGCUUUUUAUCAUUACAAUUUCAUCAAUAAACCGAUUACAAAAAACUGAUAACAUUUCCAUUGAAUCGUGUAACACAGGUUGAAAUGUGACUAAUCGCGAUAUUCUUGUCAUCGCACACAAUCUCUGUUCCUAACUGAACCAACAUGUCAAAUGAACAAAACACUCUUCCACCGUUUAUCGAACAUGUCCUCGUACAUUACACGCAAAAUUCGACAUGGGACUGCGGAUUAUCUUGCAUCAUUAUGGUACUGAAAGACAACGAACGCAUCCAAUUCCUAUGCAAUUUUUCAGCAAUUUGCAGCGAGGAGCGAAUCGAAAGAAGCACCUGGAGCAUCGACCUGUGCUACAUUCUGCGAAGAUUCAAUGUUCGUCACAGAUAUUUGACACAAAUGAUUGGAAUUAAUCCGAAUCACGAGCGCAACGAUUACUAUGACAAAAUUCUGAACAAAGAUUCCGAACGGGUUCUGGAUAAAUUCGAUCGGGCUAAGGCCAUGGGUAUCGUGAUUGAGCAAAAGACGGCGAACAAUCGUUUGCUUAUCGAUCAUUUGGCGAAUCAUGGACCAAUCAUUUUGCUGAUUAAUUCUGGACUGUUGAAUUGCGAUUCGUGUAAAACGAAUCGACUGUCCAACGAACUAAGGACAUGCUUUCCAUUUCCAUAUGCUCCAGCCUAUACCGGACAUUACAUCGUUUUGUGUGGUUACAAUUUACAUUCGCGAAAGUUUCUUUAUCGGAAUCCCAUCAUGAAAGAUCAUGUUUGCAUGAUGUCUUUUGACAAGAUGACUGAUGCCCGUAUAGCUGAUGGUACGGAUGAAGAUAUUUUAUUAAUUUUCAAUGACUAAGCGACACCGUGACAUUUUGUUUAAAAUUCCAUUUGUAUUUAAGUGAAGGCCGUUUUUUUUGGUUUUUGUACGAACUUUGUUUCUAUUUUAUUA